AUGGAUGGCCUCCCCCAUUUGCCUGGAGAUAUUGUCAACUCCAUCUUCUUUAAGCUUCCUGUGAAAUCUCUUAUACGAUUCAAAAGUUGUUGCAAAUCAUGGUAUGGUUGUAUCGAUGACUCCGACUUCAUCAAGUCACAUCUACAUAAAUCGUCUAUUGAUAUUAGUCGUAAAAAAUUUGUCUUGGUUAAUUCAAUCCUUCUACAUAGAGAAGGAACACGCAAAUUUAAAAUUGUGUCAACGGAAGCAUCAAUUAAUGCUGAUUCAAAAGUUGUGUAUCUGAAUAUCCCAGAAUACUUUAGUGACUAUUUUUCAUUACAAGUGUUUUCAUGCAGUGGCUUGAUCUUUAUGACGUCAUACGAUCUUGGCUAUUGUAUGACAUUAUUGAAUCCUGUGGUUGGAAAAUACAAACUCAUUCAAAAUUCUCUUUUCAGUCAAAACACAAAGACAAAUCGUUGUUCCACAUCUCCAAUAUUUGGUUUUGCCUAUGAUUUUGUGGCUGAAGAUUACAAGGUUAUAUGUGCACAUUACUUGAUAAACAAAUACUUCAACGUUGUUGAAGUAUACUCGGUUAAAAAUCAAUGUUGGAGAGCAAUUCACAAUACUUUUCCUGUUUCCCCUGAUUCUUAUAACCAGCACCUAUACAGUAAUCAAGUUUCAUUAAACGGUGUCAUUCACAGGAUGUCAUACAACAGGGCAGUUAUAUCUUUCCAUCUAGUAGACGAAAAAAUUUACCUGUAA